AUGAGUUUGAAAAAACUUCCAGAUUAAUUGAUUAUUCAACUCAAAAGAUUUUAAUAUGAUGAACGUUGGAGAUUCUAAAAAAACAAUAUUUUAGUAACAUACUAAGAAACUAUAAUGAUAAAUUAAAUAGACUAUGAAUUAUAUGGUGUUGUGUAGCAUAUUGGAGGAUUAGAAAAUGGUCACUAUAAAGCAUAUGGAAAAAGAUAAAAGAAAUGA